GAAUUCUCAACUCAUAUUGAGUUGGGCUCCUCAAAAGCAGACCCUGAGACAAGGUUUUGGGCUUAUGUAAUUUAUUUAGGAGGUGACCCCAAGGUCAAGUAGAGCACAUUUUUAGGAAAAAUAAAAGUAAGAAAAGGAAGCUAAAAGAGCCAGUAAAUGGCAUAUUAAUAUGAAGUUUCUACCGUAGGCAACUGGGACUCCUUUGGAAUCCUCUGAGAAAACUCACUUCAGAAAUGAGUGAGUUUCUGAACUCACUCCCAGGUGUGGGAAGGCUGAACCCUCCAACUCCACCAAAUCUCCUUCUUUAUUGAUUGGGGAUAAGGGGGAAGUGGCUUAAACUCCUCCUCCACUUCGGCAUUGCAACUUCAGGAAGAGAAGAAGAGGUGCAGGUGCUUGAGGUGGAAAACUGUCAGAGUGCUAGAAACUAUUGCAGCAGCAGAUCAUUUCAGGAUGGCAAAGAGGAUGUGCUGGUGCAUCAGCAGACUCUUCUACACAUCUAAAUGGGGAUAAAACAAUAACUAAAAUCUAUUGUCUCACAUAAAAAUGUCUGGAAAAAGGAAAAGUUAAUAUUUUGUUAAUUCAGAGGCUUAAUGAUGAAGGGGCUCUGGAUUGGUAGUUCUGCAUUAAUCUUAUUUCCUCCUAACAUCAUUUCAAGUUGUCUGCAGCCCUUCCAAACAUUACAAGGUCACUGACCAUCCUAUGGACGACCGUCUCCAUCAGUGCCCCUGACUGUGGAUUCCGGGGUGAUCACCUCAGAAAAUGUUCUGACCACAGAUCCAGAGAGACCAUCUCCAGAAGUGCCCUGACCACAGACCCAGGUGAUCACCUCUGUAAAUGUCCUGACCACAGAUCCAAGGUGACCACCUCCGGAAGUAUUCUGACUGCGGACUCCGGAAGUGCCCUGACCGUGGAUUCUGGGAUCCAGAGACGACAGAAACUAAUUUGUUUCUGAACCUUCAAAAUAGGGAAUAAGAAGUGAUUGGAAGAUGUCAGACUGACUGCCUUCCCUUUUUUAAAGCUCUCCUAGAGAUCCCUUCCUAGGAGGCUUGAGAAAGAGAGAAGUUGCUGGAUGCGGUGGCUCACGCUUGUAAUCCUAGCACUUUGGGAGGCAGAGGUGGACAGAUCACUUGCGGUCAGGAGUUCGAGACCAGACUGGCCAAUACGGUUUUCACCAGCCAUAUUUUUAUAUUUGAUUAGCAUCGUUCCUUCAUUAUGGCUUCUUGAAUUGCACCAUGAGACCCAGUAUUGCAGUAUCCAGGCUGAAGGAACAUCACAGAAUACCAGCAGAAAAGAAGACUUCAAUCAAACAUUGACUUCCAAUGAACAAACCAGUAGAGCUGAUGAUCUCAUUGAGACGGCCAAAGUUUUUGUGAAUAACUUAUCUACAGUAUGUGAGAAAGUUUGGACACUGGGACUCCAUCAGACAUUCCUGUUAAUGCUAAUAAUUGGAAGAUGGCUUCUACCCAUUGGAGGCGGGAUCACUCGAGAUCAACUCUCUCAACUUCUUCUUAUGUUUGUGGGGACCGCGGCUGACAUACUGGAAUUCACAAGUGAGACCCUAGAAGAACAAAAUGUGAGGAAUAGUCCUGCACUAGUCUAUGCCAUCCUUGUUAUAUGGACUUGGAGCAUGCUGCAGUUUCCACUUGACCUGGCAGUACAGAACGUUGUGUGCCCUGUGUCUGUGACAGAGAGGGGAUUCCCCAGCCUGUUCUUUUGCCAGUACAGUGCCGAUCUGUGGAACAUCGGAAUCAGCGUCUUCAUACAAGAUGGCCCCUUCCUUGUCGUGCGUCUCAUACUGAUGACCUAUUUCAAAGUGAUCAAUCAGAUGCUGGUGUUCUUUGCCGCGAAGAACUUCCUCGUGGUGGUGUUGCAACUCUACCGCUUGGUGGUGCUGGCAUUGGCAGUCCGUGCUUCGUUGAGAAGUCAGUCAGAAGGCCCGAAAGGAGAACAUGGUUGCCGGGGACAGACCUGUGAGAGUGGGCCCUCUCAGCGGGACUGGCAGAACGAGUCUAAGGAGGGCCUGGCUAUUCCUUUGCGGGGCUCCCCAGUCACCUCCGACGACUCCCACCACACCCCUUAGUUAUUGAUUGACAGUGGUCUGCGGCUAGAACCUGACUCCCUGGUUCUUCUUACAGGGAGGAUCCUUUUUCUCCCCCAACCUUGGCGUAUAAUAAUUUUCAAAAGAACAACAUAAAAAGGUGAUCUUAAACCAAAGCUGAGGAAUUUUCUUUUUUCAACUGAAUAGAAGAAACUUUGAUUAGUGACUAUUGCUACAACUUCUGUGUGAUGGUAUCAGAUGUUAUAGUUGUUCAACGACUAAGUGAUUUGUUUGUCUUGAACUGUUUGAAAAGCUAUGGAAGAGGUUACAGUGACAUGCCCUCGAAAGAUUUGGUGCAGACCAACUGUCGCGGCUGUUACCUGGAAAUAGAGAAGCUUUGAACUUUGCCUCCAUUGUCAGACUAUUUCGUCUGAUCUUUUCUGCAAUGUUCCUCUGACAUAAAAAAAUGUACAUUCAGUGAAUGCAGAACAAAUGAAGGGAAAAGUGCCUUUAAAAUUACCUCACUGUGGGCUGGAAGAAGCGAAAAUCUCUGCCCAGCUUCCGUAUCAUAGAGAGCCCUAUUCAUCGCUGCCCAGGCCUUCCCAGGAAAAUCAUUUUUUCUGGGCUGAUGUUGUAUUCUGCCAUGGCCCAUAUGUUCUUACAGAAAUUUUAUUGCUUUUGGCUUGGGUGCUACAAAAUUCACAGCAAGCCAUUUUGGUUACAUAUCUACUGGUUGCAAGGCAGGAAAUAUUGGUGAAAUGCUAGCAAAGUCACAAUUUCUACUCUGAACAUGAUUUGCAAUGUUCAUCAGUAUUUUUCUGAACCCUGCUUUCCCAUUUUCUAUAUUGCCAAGUUGAAUCAUGUGGGCUGAUGCAGGGAAGCUCUGAAGCAGUGAAUAAAGGUGUUUCGGGCCCUGUAAGUGUUUCCAUGGUUUCUGGUGUCUGCCAGCAGUAGUGAACAAAGCUGCAGCUUCUUUGAACCGCCACUACUGGAGGUGGCCUUUGCUCUCAGGGAACAUGGUGAUGGAAGGUUGCAUCAGCUCCACCCAUGGCCAACAGCCCUUGUUGAAUGACGGGAGUCGGAAUGUGCUACCCCGUUGUGGGAAUCAGGCAAUUCGCUUUAUUUUCUUGCAUUAAGACUUCAUUUUCCCAGUAUUGAAAUAGCCAUACUUUUCCUUUACAUACCUCUGUACUUUCCAGAUGGAGGUGAUUCAGAACCUUUUAAAGUGAUUUUUGCCUUUAAAGAUACAGUGUGAAAAUUUGCUCAGGUGUGUAGCAGUAAUUACACAAGGCAAACAGUUCCAAAACUGUUCUUUUAGGUUCAAAACCUAAUUCCCCCAGAUUAGUAUACUCGAGAAUUCAAAGGGACAUUUAAGGUGGGGUAUGGCCUUAAUUUGGUAUGACUUAUUGACAACCAGUUGAGACAAUUUUAUCUGUAACUCUCUGGGUGACAUGAUACCUAUUCGAAACAUUUUAUACAAACUUUUAUAGACAAAUUGUGUUUUUAUACAGAGUCAUGCAUAUUUUCUCAUAAAUGGCUUCUUCAGCGCCAUUGUUAUAUGUUUUUAUUUCUUUCUUCCUUGUGCUUCUAAUUUUAACAAUAUAAUUACUAUAAAAUGACACAUGGAACUAAAGGAAUACAUUUAUGAUUUUCCAUAAUAAUUUUAUGAAAGUUAAGAUCAAGAAAUUAUAUUUAUAUGAAGUAAAUCACUUGACAACUUUUAAGGGCAUGUUAUUUAAAGUGCUCAGCAGUUGAAAGCAAAAUAAUAACUGCUAUUUAUAAAAAUGCCUCAGCAGAAUCUGUUUUUAUGUUGACUGCUUUAUGUUGAAUAUUUUCUUCCACAACAUGUAUGUGCUGCUUAUUAUUGCAGAUUUGCUCAUGGCAUACUUUUCAUGUUUUAAUUUUUUUCUUCCAGCAAAACAAACACUGAGGCCCUAAAAAUAGAUAAAGUAUAAAGUAGUACGGCUGUUGCAAGGAUAUUUUUAAAUGCUUUCAAAUCUGAGACUUGGCUUGGCUUCGUGAAUGAGUUUCUAGUGUUUAAAUUAAAGUAUUUUGUAAUUAGACUCCUCGUGGGCUUGAGAAAUAAAAAGCCUGUCCAAAGUCUAGCUUUAUUUAGAGGGUCAGGAAGUCAAAGAGCACCCAGGACUAUCUUGGCAAUUAAUAGCGGCAAAAAUAGACCCAGCUUCUGCAAGGUUUUCCAGGAAAAUCUGCUUGGGGCAGCAUUUGUUAACCUAGCUGCCAGUACUCCCACUCUCUUAUACUGGCUGCUUUUAUAAUAGGAAAAAAAAAUAUGCAUUUGCUUAGUUUAUUUGAAAAAAAGCUCUAAACCUAGGUUAUAUAUUAGCCAUUCCUAAGACUCCUGAUUAAAUAUUACAAAUUUGUUCAGUUCAUAGUUGUUUUUAGUGUAGACUGCUAAAUACUGUAAUGUUUCAAAACAUCCAAGUGUUUGUUAUAAAGUGGCUAGAACAUCAAUUACCUCCCAUGUGUGGACAUCCUGGGACUUGUUUACAUUUUAUCUGUAAUAAGAUAACUGACUUACAACACCUGUAUAAUGUGAUGCAAGUCAUCCUCUCUAUCAUAACCCCUCCCCGCAACACACAGUAGGUCAAUCCCCAACCCCUGAAGAAAGUGGCUUAUUUGAGGUUGUUGGUGCUGUUGGUAUUAUUGCCAUAGUUGUUAUUUAAUUGCUUGAUUAAACUCAGUCAAAUAUCCUUCCUAAAAACAUGUCAUUCCACUUGUGAAAGAAAACACAAUGUGCAUGUUUCAAUGAUACUGUGCGGAAACACACCUCAUGAUCAUCUUGUGGGUUUCUUUUGCCCUUACUGGAUGACUCUCAAAGGACAUGACUUGACAUAGUAACAUUAGUAAACUGUCUUUAUCUUUGAUUAUUGUUUUAAUUUUUAUUUGAGCUCUUUCAAUAGCAAAAUGAAAUAAAAUUUUGAAUUGGCCAAUAACAUGCUUUAUAAUCUUCCAGUGAAGAGUCUGAUACAAAUUUACUCUUGGCUCUGUUGUAGUUCCACUAACAAAUAGCACUUCAGACCUUAUAGAACCAUAUAGAUAUGGCCAAGGAAUAGCAGGAUUCACUAUUAUAAUACUAAUUGUUAACUCAUUAUUUAAUUGAACAUUUUCAAAGCUCUGGAAAGGCAUGCAUUUGUAGGUGCACAUGCUUUAAGAUUUCUAUCCAUCUUUCAGAGUUGAAUGUAAUAAUGUUUGGCAUUUAAUUCUUGACCAACUUUUCCUGUUACAAGAGAGAAAGAAUUGCAAAUGCCAGGCGUCUGUCCACUUUAGCCCUCCUCCAAUGCUAAGAAAGAGGGAUGGUGACGUAUACUACAGAGACGCAAAUGAAAUACCAAACAGUCUUGAAUUACAAGAAAAAAAGGGGAUUGUUUUGUUUUUUUUUCUUUCUAAUUUCAGACUUGGCUUUUUACUUAGUGGACAUUCUGACUUGCUCUCAGAAACAUCUGAUUUGGGGUUAAACUAGGCAGCUGGAGGAUGUUGACAGCUUUGAGGCUUCAAAUAAGUUUCCAUAUGCAGGGAGUAACUUUAAACAAUGUUUGAAUAAUUAACUGCUAAGUCUUAUAUUUUAUGUGUAUCUAUUUCAUCCUCUGACUCUUUCUUACUAGAAUACCAUAUAAGAAUAUUUUCUCUGCAGUAUUUAUAUUUAUACUAUUUUGCUAUGAGUGGCCUUUGUAUUUUAUUAUAUGCAUUAAAUAGUGUGUGCACAA